AUUAAGGGCCCGAAAUUACCUAGCGCUCCGGCAUUCCUUCCGUAAUACCCACCGCCGGGUAUAUAAACUGUACAGCAAAGCUUUUUUGCGUUCUAAUGGCGGGACGGAAUUAUUUACCGCCAGAUGCCUUAGCGCUUAGGGACGGGGAGUGUCAUCCGCUGGCAAUCGGCGAUCAUCGGGUGAUCCCUCGAAUCCCUCCACCUGAAGCCCAAGCCCGAUUCCGCCCUGCGGCCAUAUUGGAGGACGGUAUCGCCGUCCAACACCGCCAUAUCCAAACCCUCCUCCUCGAGAACCAGCGCUUCGCCACUACUCACGUCGCGCUCAAGCGGCAGCUUGCCGCCGCCCAGCAGGAUCUCCGACAGCUUACUGUAGUCGCAUCCGCAGUCAAGGCCGAGUGCGAUGCCGAGGUGCGAGGGGUAUAUGAGAAUUCAAUUAGAGCGGAGGCUGAGAUCCGCGCCGUCGCUGAGCUGGCGCAAGUCAAGGAUGGUAUUGAGAAAAUGAAGGCUGACCGUGAAGAGCUUACUGCAAAGUUGAAGGAGAUUGAGGAUGAACUAGCGAUGGUCCGGCCGGAGUUGAAGCAAUUGAAGGAGAUUAAAACUGACAUUGCUACAAUGCAGAAGGAAAUCCAAAGAGGAAGGGCUGCUGUUGAAUAUGAAAAGAAGAUGAAAAAAAUUAAUCAUGAACAGAGUCAGAUAAUGGAGAAGAAUAUGAUGUCGAUGAGUUGUGAAAUUGAAAAGCUACGUGCUGAGCUAGCAAUUGCAGAGAACAGGGCGAGGGCAGUUGCUGCUGUAGCACCAAGCCCAGCGUAUCCAGCAGGUUAUGGAGUUCCUUCAACUGGUUAUGGUGGAAACAUGUAUCCUAACUCUUAUGCUAUGCAGCAGUUCAGGUUCAGCCUAGUACUGAUGAUGGUUCCGGAUAUGGUGGAGCAAAUUACAACCCGUAUGCCCCUUAUGAUACGCAACAACCACAUAUCUCAUAGGCAGGUUUUCGUUGGAUUGUUUGCAGCCAGUCGAGUGCUUCCAGCGAAGAUAAUCCGUUUCUGUGAUGGCUUUGAAAGAAUUGCAGAGCAAAUAGAACAUUGUUUUUGCUGUUGUCCCCCACAUGAGAGCUUGAAAGAUCUUCAACAAGCUAAAAGAUCAACUUUGUUUGUAAGUAGCAGAUGAAGACGCAUCAUUGAGUUCUUCCUCGAAGCUGUGUGUGUCAUUUAUAUGCUCCAACCCAUGCUUCUCUCCUUGUUACAUUUUUGUUUAAUCGCAGUUUAAACUAUUAGAGAUAUUUAUACCUUUCCACAAUUUUUUCCAAAACAGUAACGUGGAAAGCUUAUUGGGUUUGAACCAAAGACGGCAUACUUUUAUAAGCAAGUAAUGUUUCCGUUAGCAGAA